CUUUCGAUUUAACGUCCGAACGUAUCGCUCGAUAAUAACAAUACAAUAGUAUUUUUGUUUUGUUUUGUUUUUUUUUUUUUUUUACGUUUAUUUUAUUGUCUCGUCGUAUCGCAUCGCAAUUGCAUCCGAUUAUGGAUUCGUUCAAGUGGAUCGUUUUAGUGAGUAAACACACACAUUAAAUCUGCUGCUACCACAGCAGAUUUACGUUUUGAUAAUAAACAAUAUUCCAUAACAAUCGGGCUAUUUGUAAAUACAUAUACCUCCCGACGAUUGGGAUUAUCCGGAUCGGCAUGCCCCAAACUUUUCGACCCCGCGGCACACUAACCCCCGACCAGCGUUUAGCCGUGGCACGAUUGACACCGACUUACACGUAUUUUUUUUAUGAGGUUUUUAUCAUAUUAUUAAAAUACCAAACCAAUUAUCGUACAUCGGUUAUAUUACUGUUGAAUAACUUAGAAUGCGGUGACGUGCGUUUAUUUAGGUUAGGAAAACUCGCGUAAAAUUAUAUGGUAGUUAUUUUUAUUAUCAAAAUUGCACGUACAAUUUUUAUUGUCAAUAAUCAUUUUAAUAACGAUUAGUUUUCGCGGCGUACAUUAUAACAUGCAGGCCUCACGGCAUACUGCACAAGUCGGGAAUAGAUCUGUAGAUUCUAUGGAUCGAAUUAUCGCCGUCUAAAAGAUAAUCUAGAUAAAAACGACAAAUUUUAUAUUUUUAUCAAAAUAUCUUUCUCUCCUUGAUUAGUUUUUCGAAAAUAUACCCACGAUCAAUUCUCAAACUGUUUGCGAUCACGCUGUAACCCUUGCUGUUCACAAAAUACACGACAUAAUGUUAUUAUAUUUUAUACUUACCUACUAUGCAAAUUGAUUUUUCAUAUUUGUUGUUACAACCGUGGUACAUGUUCGAAAAUGCAUUUUCUUGGCCGCGACAACCAAAUUUAACAUCCUGGUAUAUCUUGCAUCCGUGUCGCCGAAGCAAUAACUAUAAUAAGGCGGUAGAGCAUAUCCCUGGAUUAAAUAAACAACAGAUUACAAGAGCUGCAAUAGUACUUAAAAAAAAAAAACCCCACAUAAAACAAUUUAGCGAAAUUGAAUUAAAUCCUAAAGAAUUAACGCGUACGGACGUGACACACGAUAUAAUUUUCACUUAGGUGGACUGGUUAUUAAGAGUUUUUUUUACCGUUAGCGGUACACGAAAUAAUUUUAUUUUCAUUAAAUUAUAAAAUCAAUUCGCGUAUAAAUAUAAUUACCGCGCCCUUGUCGCGCAGUAAAAUAUAAUUCUUUCUGGCGGUUUUUUUUUUCUUUCUCGCUAAACAAUUCGACUUCGGUAAAUCAUAGCUGUAGCAAACGGCUGCAGUUAGUACGGUUUUGUUGUCGCUUCCGGUGCGUUUUAAUUUUAAUUUUAUUUACGUUAUUAUUAUUCAGUAUGGAUACACAUGUACACACAAAUGGACAAAAAAACAAAAACAAAAACCGACCUUUUCUCCUUUCUAGAAACAUUUAUUCAAAUUAAUAUUUUUUUUCUUAUCCAUAAUAAUUAUUGUAUACGGAAACUAACGGUUAAGUUUAUUAUAAUGGUUAUAGUUAUUUUUUUUUUUUAUAUAAAUUUAAUCUUAUUAAAAGUAAUAAAAUAUUAGCUACACAAUAUCGUAUUAAUUAAUCACUUCUGCGCUAAACAACUAUUAAAAGCAUUCCAAUACGUUAUAUCGUAAUCAUAUUAUAAAAGCAUUUUAUUUUAAUCAUUAACAUACAUAUUGUAUUCGAUAACUAUUUCACGUACGUUUCGUUAGUUUUACAAAAAAGCGGUUUUAAAUCCGAGACAAAGUAAACGUACGAUUUUAAAAUUACCGCGUGUUUUGUCUAAUAUAACCGCAGAACUAUUGACGGGAGACAAAAAAAAAAAAAAACAUCAUAAUAUAUUGUCCAUAAAGUAUUCGAACGCUUUUCCAGAAUAGGCAUUGUUCGAAAAGUGUGUGUAAUAUACAUUGUUUAUUUAUAUUAUUCUAAAUGUGUAAUCGGAUAAACGUAUUCCGAACAGUGUACAACACAAACCGUAUUACUUAGAAGGUUAAAUACUUUAAUGUAAUACAUACAUAUAUAUAUAUAUUAUGUGUAUAUCUAUAUUGUUUUAUUGUAUACUGGUAGGUUUGUUUCGUAUAUCGUGAUACAUUCGUGUAGGAUUUUUCUUCUCUUUAAAACCAACAACGCGUAAUUAAUUUAAUUACGCAUCGACGGAAUAUUAAUAUCAUACAUGUAUAAAUAAUUAAGCUAUGUUAUUGUUACCAGGACUCGAGACUAAAUGUGCUUAAAAUCCACGAAAGAAACGUUCAAAAACGACAGAAAGACCCCGUCGGGGUUUUUAAAAAAAUAAAAUCGUACGCAUCAUAAUAAAAAAUGCUUUUGCGGCGCUAAAAAAUCGAAUUUAAUAACUGAGAGCCGUCAGGGAGAUGACUUUUAAAUCCUUCUGCCAUUUUUGUUUUUUGUAUGUUUGAAGUGAAUUUUUCAGGGGUUUUUUUUCACGUUUCCAAACGUUCUCUGUUGAUUUUAAGUUCUUAAAUUCCGACCAUUGGUUAUUACCGUUUAAAUACAACAUUAUUUAUGUGGUUCGUAUCCAGUGGCGGUCAAAUGUUUUUAUCAUAUGGGUUGAUGAGACUGUUUUUUUUUUUUGAUUUUUUUCGAACAAUUAUUAUUAUUUACGUUUUUCGUUUUAUAUUUAUAGAUUAGUAAAAUAAUAUUAUACAUUACCUAUUAUACUUAUCGAAUAGGAAAAGGUCAUGGCGGGAAGUUCGACCGCCCCUGUCUCGUACACAUAUCAACAAUAAUAAUAAAAUAAUCCUAAAAAUUACGAUAAUUAUAUAUAAUAGCAAUACCAUAUUCUAGGUAUACAUUUUAAUAACAUUCUAUUAAUUUCCAAGUAAUUUUUCAUUAAAAAUCAGUUGUCAAACGAACCAAAAAAAAAGCUUGCAUUGUAAUCGGCAAUAUAUAUCACUAAUUUUAAAAUUUUUUAUUGACAAAAUCCCGUAUAACUAUCAGUGGAGUUGCGUUUUUUUUUUUUUUUUUUAACAAUAUAUACGCGCGUAUAAUAAUUUAUUGCACGUAAUUUCUGAAGUACCCAUACAAUAUUUACUACUACACAUAAGCAAAUCGUGUUUUGCGAAAAUUCGAUUGCACGCGCAACCGUGGAAAUAUAAACCAACGGAGUUUUGCAUCUUAUGAUAAUAAUAAUUACAGUAACAAUAAUAACUAUAAUGAUAAUAAUAAUAAUAAUGAUAAGCUGCGUAUUAUCAAACCAUUAAUGCGAUUAAACUUAAAACUUAUAUUGUCGACGGGACGAAUAUUAUUUUCACGCGGACACGCUCGACGGGGAUCGAAUAAAACGUAAUUAUUGUGCGCGGAUAAGUUUGGAAACUUUUUUUGAAAACUAAAAUUAAAUCAAAGAGCGUUUUUCUCGUAGAACAAACGGCGAUCGCAAUUGUGCGUCUAAUGGGCGCAAAAAAAAAAAAAAAAAAAAAAAAAAAAAAAAAAAAAAAAAAAAAAAAAUGAGAUAUUCAAGUAGGGAAACCGCAAAAAGAAAAAAUUCAGUCGAUUUAUAAAUGUCGUAAUUUUCAAUGUCGCACAACUCCUAAAUCGAAUUGAGCUUGAAUUUAAAAUAUGUCAAGGGGGUUUGUGAGGAGGAUGACAUAUUUAAAAUAAAGAAUACUAGAUGGCGGAAAUUCCUUAUAUUUUUUUUAGUGUACCGCGUGAAAAUAUCUGAGCAUCAUUUUAACUAGCCGUAAAGAAACACGUCUUAGUAAAACCAAUAGCAUUUCUUGGCGCUUGGCUGCACGUGGAAUUUAAAAUAUAUUAUUUCUAUAACAGGCGUUGUUGCAACUGACGGCCGUGUGUUCGUGCCAAAAGUUUGGCGUGGUACACAGAAGACCGGCCACCGGUAACAGGCAGGUCGCGGCCAGACAACAGCAGCCGUAUUACGACGCAGCCGCUCAGGUGGCACCGACGACGACCGCGGCCGAAGAAGUUCUUUACCAGCAGCAGUUGGCGGCGCAACAGUACUAUCAACACCAGCCGACUGCGGCUGGCCAACAGCAGCAACAGUACUACACGCCGCAGCAACAGAAGCAACUGCUAGAACAGCAACAACAGUCCAGGUUGCAGCAACAACAGCUCCAACUCCAACAGUUGCAGCAGCUCCAGUUACAGCAACAGCAACAACUCCAACAACCGUCGGCAGCGAUGGCGGCGGACUCGGCGUACCUCACGCCGCAGCAGCAACAGCAACAGUAUAACAAUUACUACCAACAGCUACAGCAACAGCAAUUGCAAUUACAGCAACAGCAACAACAGCCGCAGUACAACUAUCAACCGCAGAAACCGUUGUACAGACCGGCCGCCAUACCGGUGAACGAGGUGCAGGCUGAUAGCCCACAGCAGCAGCAACAACAACAGCAGCAGCAGCCGAUCAGCUCGUUUCAACCACAGCAGUCUAGCAACCAACAAUUGCCGCCCAACUUGUUGGGAGUUCUCUAUUCGUCGGCCGCCGACGUGUCGAAAUUUCAAUUUUCCGGAAACGGCGUAAACUAUUCGUUUUAGUGGUCUGCUUUUUUCGUUUUGCGUUUUUUGUGUUUUGUUUUUUUUUUGUUAGUUACUUAUUUCUUACUUCUAUAUGUUUUUUUUCCACUUAAAUCAUAAAUUAUACGUA